UGCUCUCCAAAGCUGUGACUCUUCAUCCUUUCCUUAUGAAGACCCAGGGGAUUGCUUACUUAGCAUACACCAGAGGCAAUGGAUAGGGUGAGCAGGCACUGCAGCCAGAAACCCCCAGCACCGAGCACGGGCAAUUCCCUCCACAUGCAGAGACUUUGGAGCUGAAUUGUGCUGAACAGAUCCCCUCGGCUGAGCGAGCCAUGUGUGCCCGGGAAGAGCAGCCCCUGUCGCUCCGCUGAAAAGCAAUGCAAACACCCCGGUGAGAACUGCUUCCAGGUCUGGGUGGAGGUGAACCUGAGCAGAGCCCGGACGCCGUUAAAGCCCCUCUGACCGACAAAACUUUUAAAAUAUGACUACAGGGAGGAUUUUAUCUCCACAAUGCUGCUAUGCUGGGAUGUGACAGGCUUCCUACCCAGGUCUGGAAGGUGCUUGAUGAUGUUAGGAGUAAAUUCAAACCCAGAUGAAGAGCGGCCUAAGCAAUGGAGGUGCCAACCCCAGAGCCCGUGUACGUUGACGUGGACAAGGGACUGACGUUAGCAUGCUUUGUCUUCCUCUGCCUCUUCCUGAUUGUGAUGAUCAUCCGCUGUGCAAAAGUCAUCAUGGACCCCUACAGUGCCAUCCCCACGUCCACGUGGGAGGAGCAGCACCUCGAUGACUGACAGGGGCUCCCAGACACAGCCAUGGGAUGCCGUGGUCCUGGAGGCCUUGUGCCACGGGGAGGGCUGGCACACAAACAGCCAUUUCCAGAUAUGCAGGGCAAAGGCAAUAUCUCCAAGAGAACAUAGUGUAAAUUAUUUUUGCUCAACAGGUCAAGAUAUCAGCAAGCCAUUCUGGCAGCAGAGUUUACUACUAUGCAGCAACUCUUACUUUACAGUUGUCAUUUUAACUCAAGUAGCACAAGAUUCUCCAAAUUUUCCUAAUAUGGUCUAGCACAGUUUGUCCCACCCUCAAUAUCACCCACAAACCCAGGGUAACCAUCAGUACCAUGAAAAAGCAACAGGAGUAUUCUGUCUUUCCUGGAAACAGAUUGCUUCAAAUAUUGAUUGCUUCCUCUGUCAUUAUGGGUAGAUUUUAGGAAAGGGACAGAUUUCAUAUACCAGAGCAUCAUUAAAUGCUGAAGUACUUCUGGCUAAGUAGAAUUGUAGAAGCACAUUUAUUCUUGCCUCACUUGGUUCUGCACUUGCACUCCCUAGCCCACUGCAGCCAUAUUUCCAGUGACCAGGAUACAGAAGCACUCACACUUAGGGGGUCCUGGACUGCUGUAGACCCCAUAGCACCACCUUGCUCUAUCCUAGUCAUGCAAAAAACAGCCAUUUCCUCUGUCAUGGGCCCUUGGAUUAGUCAGGCCACUGACUUUGAGCUUGGUAGGCAUCAAAAAUCCCUGAAGCAGAGCCUGGACACUGCUGGUGUCAACUACAUAAAACUUGCUGUGAUUUUCAAAGAGUGAUUCCACAUGCAAUUUCACCCUUCUUUUGCUUCAGGUGUACUUCAGUGGGAUGAGACAGGACUAGAAUGACAAGGACAAUAAGCAGAGAGAAUUUCUCCCAGCUUUGUCAUUCAGACUCCUCAGCAUAACAUUUACAGUCACACACAAUAAUAAGCAUUCUACCUCGAAGAAAUUAAACUCCUUCAAAGGAAGGUUUUUCCCACGAGUUUGUAAGGUACAUUUCUUUCUCUCAUUCACUAAGACAGCCAUUAUGCAAGAAGGCAUAAGUGAACAUGGGAGCACUGGAAAUUUAUUAUUUACCUUUGAAGAGUGGGGACUGCAGCAUUCCAAAGUUCUCUGUUCCUCAAAUUCUAAGGUUUGCUCAUGCCUGCCUUUUCUUUCAUGACUCCAUGUUCAAUUUAUGGGAUUGAAAGGAAGCAAUUCAGAGCAGUACUGCAACCACAGCAAGCACCACGAACAGACAAGGCUUGAAAGGGCAAAACUCCAAGAAGGGCAUUUCUCCUCACCAUCCUACCUGACCCCCAGGUUCUUGCCAUGAGACAAUGCACAGUGGGUGGGAAAGGUGGAAGCAAAGGCUGUGACAAGAAAAUUGGGACUUUGUAAGGCACUGUUCUAGCUCCGACAGAUUUGUCUGGUGAUCACACAAGUCAAUUUUUAUGUGCCUCAGUCUACUCAUCAGUGAAAUGGGUGUAACAAUUUCAUCUUGUCACACCUCAUUUUGUCUAUCUAAUAAUACCAGAAAGCACCUGGUGAGCCUUAGACAGGGACACAGAAAUGGGGUUCUUACUUACACCUCUUCCUGCUAAAAUCAGUAGGGAAGGUCUGGGGUUUGUUACACUGCAGGACUCUGUUACACAGGCAGAGAACGUGUCCAGGCCCUCAUUUGCUCUCUCAUUGCAGUAUUUUGGGCCAAGCCAAAUGGCACCUGGCUUUUUUGCAUAGCCCACUGAUUUCUGAGGAUGUAAGGUGCUCAACACUGCGAAUACAGAGAUCCCAAAACAGCAGGCUAUGAGGCACAUGGAGACUUUUGCAUGGGUCUUUUGAACCACACAAUUUUUGCUGAUCUCCGUUGUAGGAGAUCCCAUUCCUGAGGCAGGAAAUCCGAAGAUUAGUUUUCCUCCUGAUGUCCUCUAGCAAGAGACCUCCACUGCUUCCAUUACCCACUGCAGAUUCCUCCUCAGGCUGUUAUUUAGCCUCAGCUUCUGCUAGCCAGGUAAUCACCAGUAACAGAGCACUUUUUUUCAGGCUUGAAUGUUAAAUGUUCAUUGUACUUAAAGCAAACCCACAGUUCUCUCUUAUUGGUGAGCAAGUCUAUCUGUACCACAGGAAUGGAUGUCCCAGCUCAAAGAACAACACUUCUGUUCCCUGGGCUAAAGUCUGGAAUCUGUUUUUUGUCCUUUAAACUUGUAUCCCUCUAGUGGGGCUAUUUACAAAAUAAGCAAAAUAACAAAAUUACAUCCAGGCUAGGGACACUUUCAGUGUGCAGGUCACCUGGCUGAGUUCACAGCUGGUGCAGAGCAAGGACAGAGCUUGUCCUCACACCUCUCAGUGCCAAUACUCCACUUGGUGUUUAUCUGCAUGCAGGACUCUUUGGCAUUGUCACACGUCACUGACAAGCCCCAGUUCAGCUAAGGACUUAUUCAGGUGCUUAAGUUUAAGCCUCUGAGCAGGCUGCCCAAGUACAGAGACCAGGGUCAGUCCUGUGGCAUGUCCCUGGCAGGGCAGGGACAGCAGCACACAGUCCCUGGAGGAGCAAAGCCUGUCUGAGAGUGAAGGGUUACAAAUGCUGAGGAAGCAAAUUGACAAAUUUGCUUUGCAAGGAUGGUUGCUACUUUUUUCUCUCUUUGUCCAGCUGAACAAACCAUUUAAUGGAUUUUCCUGAAAAUGCUAAUGAAAAGGCCCCUCUGGGUAGCUUUAUUUUCUAAUAAAAAGGCACUUGUUCUCCUGGCAUAGCCUGUCAAGUCCAUCCUUCUGUUGACAAAAAAUAACUUUAUAAAAAUCUGGAUAUUCACAUACAUGACUGUAUAAAAGUCAACAAGAUUGUUUUUAUAGGGAAAAUGUAAAUCUAUUGAUCUCUUCACUCUUGUGACCAGUGACAGGACUCAAGCUUGUCUGAGUUCAAGGAGCCUUUGGACAACACUUUCAGGCACAAGGUGGCAUUCCUGGGAUGUCCUGUGCCAGGCCAGGACUUGGACUCCAUGAUCCUGAGGGGUCCCUCCCAACUCAGCGUAUUCUAGGAUUUAUUCUAAUUUCUGCCUUUCCCCACUGGUUACAAUCACACAACCUCACUCCUCUUUAACCAAAAGCAAUACUGAACAUCAUGCCUAAGCCAGACAUGUUAAGCUCCUUCCCCUGGAGCCAGGACUCUCCCAGCCCAGGGGUGCCACUGCAGCUCUGGCUGGUGCCAGCCCCGCUGGCAAAGCCAUGCUCACGGCCAGGGAAGGUCUCUGUCAGCAGGAGCUGCAUCACUGGGCUUGGUAGCAAUUCCAGCUGCAUGCAACAAGUGCCUCUGCUAGUUUUGGUUCUUUUUUAAUCAUUGUGCCAUACUACCAGCAACUGCACUCAGAGGAUGUAAGUCAGACUUGUUGCAAGUGUAUUUAUC